AUGUGUUUCGCUGGCAUAUGUCGACGAGGCUCUAGCCUUCCUGCUGACUUUCCCUCUUCAUCAUUGCGACUCUCUCCCAAUUCUUGCCCCUCACACUUUCCCACACUCUUCCCGCCCACUUUUACGCCCCACUCUUCCGCCACCCUUCCCAUCCGUUUUCCUCUCCAGAGCAACCGUCACGUUCAUUCGUCUGCUCCCCCGUCCAUGUGGUGCUUACCCGUCCCUACUCGGCCAGCCGGUUAG